GGAAGCAAGGUGCCGAGGGAGUGCACUGCAGAAUACGCAUAUCCGGGGCUGAUCCUGGGGCCGGCUCCUGGUGCUGGUGUGGUGACAACAGCAUCUGAGAAAUAAAACACCGGAGAACCAGAGUUUAUGACUGAUCCUUCUGCACCCAGUCCAGCCUAGGGAUCACCCUGGCACCUCCCUCGGUGACUGGUAUCACAAGGGAGACUUAGGAACCUGCAAACCUUUCUCUAAGACAUGAAGCUUUGGGGGCGAAUACUUUGGACCCUCCUAUCUGGUUCCAGGGGAAGGAGGGGAGUCCCCCAAGGCUGGGCCCUCAACUCAUGGAAGCCUCUUUCAUCUCUAACUGGACUGUUGAGUGCCAGAGAGGUGGUCAGCCACUGGACACAGGUCUUUGAGCAAAGAGGUAUCCCAGAGGCUCAGGAGUCCAGUGAGUACAUCGUGGCCCAUGUUCUUGGAGCCAAAACAUUUCAGAGCCUGAGACCAGUACUUUGGACCAAGCCACUGACCCCUAAACAACUGCAGUACAUCCAGGAACUGUGUAGUCAUCGAUUACAGAGGAUGCCGGUGCAAUAUAUCCUUGGGGAGUGGGACUUUCAGGGACUCAGUCUGAAAAUGGAACCCCCGGUGUUCAUUCCUCGGCCAGAGACGGAAGAACUGGUUGAAUGGGUUUUAGAGGAAGUGGCCCAGAGACCCACUACAGUGGGAGCCCAGGGUGGUCCCCUCAUUCUGGAGGUGGGCUGUGGAUCAGGAGCCAUUGCCCUCAGCCUGCUGAAUCAACUCCCUGAGAGUCAAGUCAUUGCUGUGGAUAAGGGAGAAGCUGCUGUUCGUCUGACCCAUCAGAAUGCUCAGAGGCUUCAGUUGCAGGACAGGAUUCGGAUCGUUCCCCUUGAUAUAACUUCAGAAGGGUGCUGGACACACCUUUUGUCCUGGGGUCCCAUAGACUUGGUGGUCAGUAACCCUCCCUACGUCUUCCACAAGGACAUGGAACAGCUGGCCCCAGAGAUCUGCAGCUAUGAAGACCUGGUGGCCCUGGAUGGUGGUGAGGAAGGCAUGGACAUCAUUACCCACAUCUUGACCUUGGCUCCCCGGCUAUUCAAUGUCUCUGGAAGCAUCUUCUUAGAAGUGGACCCAAGACACCCAGAGCUUGUCAGCAGCUGGCUUCAGAGCCGGCCCGAUCUGCGCCUUAGUCUUGUGGCUGUACGGAAAGAUUUCUGUGGGAGGCCCCGGUUCCUGCAUGUCCGGAAGUCUGCAGUAUAGUGUGGCUACUCUGAACAGCUGGCCAGGAUUCCAGUCUGCUGGGGGCCUGGCUGACCCUGCAUGGAAUACUGCUCAGAGAGAGGCAAUAAUGCUGUCCAGAACCACAGGCAUGGCCCGUGGUUCUGCGAUUCCCCACGAUGGAAGUUGCUAGGAGACUUGGAAAUAAGGAUGGAGUGUUCUUUCUGGGGCAGCAAAGAACAGAGACUCAAGAGCCCAGCUCUUUCUCCGCAGUGUCACAGGAUACCUGGAGUUCCUGUUGGUGAAACUGCUGAGCAGAUAUUGGGAAAUGCAGCCAGUUAAGUACUGAGAGAACAAUAAAUGGUAAGCCAGUGUUUUGUUAGCAGUA